AUGGUUGCCGGUGAUCCCUACCUGCGCAACUUCCCCUGGCCGAUUCCCGACCCCCCGAAAUCCGAAUGGACCGGCAAACAGGCUUCCCAGGAUGCCCUCCGCCAGAAGGCUCUUGGAUUCAACUGCCUGAACUACGCCAAGGACGCGGAGCCAUCGCUCGGCCGUCACUACCUGCCCGACAAGUCUUACCUGGACGAGCACUGUACCGAUGGUGUUCGUUUCGAAAUCAUGUUCCCGUCGUGCUGGAACGGAAAGGACAGCGAUUCUGACGACCACAAGUCGCACGUCGCCUACCCCUCGCUGGUUAUGGACGGAACUUGCCCCGAGGGCUAUGAGACCCGCGUUGUCUCUCUCUUCUUCGAAACGAUCUGGAACACCUACGCCUUCAAGGACAAGAAGGGCAGGUUCGUGCUGUCCAACGCCGACCCCACUGGCUACGGAUAUCACGCCGAUUUCAUCCACGGCUGGGACUCCGGUGUCCUCGAGCAGGCCGUGAAGCGAUGCACCAACCCCUCUGGCCAGAUCCAGGACUGCGAUGUCUUCGACAUCCAGAGUGAGAGCGACCAGCAGAAGUGUAAAUUCGAGGUGCCCGAUGUGCUGAAGGAUGAGGCUGUCCUCGAGUACAAGGGCAGUCUCCCCGACGGUCUCAUGGUGGCGGAUGGACCUGCCUAUGCGAAUCCCUUCUCCUACGUCUCCGGACACGCCUCCGCUACCUCGACUGCCAAAUCAUCUACUGCGGCUGCUACCUCGGCUGCCCAAUCCUCCACCUGGACCGCCACCCCCACUACGUCCUAUAUCAAGGGUGUCGUUACUGAAGCCGUCAUUUACGUCGAGCGAGAAGUCUUCCUUUACAUCGACGAACAGGGUAACCCUCUCGAAACAUCCACUGGUCCUCCGGAGACCCUUUCCACCGUCACCGAGACCAACACCCAAGUCGUCUCCACCGUCGUUACUACGCCGACUGCGCCUCCUUCGAAGCGCGACAGCCAUGUUCACGCGCACAAGCGUCACCAGCAUGGUCGCCACGGUCACUAA